UUCCGCGGACUGCCUGAAACAAUGCAUUCCAACAUCCUGUAACAUAAAUAAGAAAGGUGGAGCCAGCCGGCGCUCCGCUGUUUAUCCGCCAGCGACCCUGCUCAGCCCCGUCUACCUUUUCUCCGCCGCCUCAGCCUGGCAGCAUUGAACCUGUUGCUGCAUUAGCCGAGUUGUAUUUUGCUGGAGAGGGGAAGGAGGGUUGUCUGCUGUCUGGGAGGAGGGCUUUGUCUGCGGGCGCCUUUCUCUCCCUCUGCCUGGCUCGCUCGCUCCCUGUCUCUCGCACUCUCGCUGGCUCUCGCUCGCUCUCUCUCGCUCGCUCUCCCUUUCCCGUCUCUGUGGUUUGUAAGGUAGGUUGCAGUGUGUGUAUAUACACAACAUCAAGAGCAGGAAAAUGGACUCAUUAGGGAGGCAGGCAGUCAUUACCACUCACACUGUACUUCCAGGGAGACAGCGACUAUGAGGAGACAAACUGAGGACUGGGGAACAAGAGAUCCAUAUGCCUUUCUUUCUGGCUAGAAAGUUAGUGGUCACAGUGCAGGAACUUGAGAGCAAUCGUCGUGUGGCAACACAAGAUUUCAUGGGCAGGAUGUCAGGAACGGGCCCUGCAGUUUAGGAACCCAUCCUCCUGAAACAUAGUGCAGGGAACUGGCUGCCGUGUGGGCAGUCAUGGCAGAGGCAUCAGGAAACCAGUACAGCCCUGAGACCACAUCACCCUCCUGUCACCAGGUCCCUGGACGUGAGGAAUCGUAGCAGGGCAGCAUAAGAAAGAAGUGUUGAGAGCUGCUCUUAACCCUUUUGGAGUCCGAAGUCAAAAGGGAACUAGAGGGAUUGACACAUCCUUUACAUCCUGCAUUUACUCUGACCACAGUCCCUCCCUGUUCUCACAAGCGGAGCUCAGCCCUGCUUCCCUUCCUGUUGAUUCCCAGUCAGCUACAUGACUGCCUGAAGUUACAUUGUAGAUGCUGAAAUCACUGCACCUUAAAAACAAAAAGAUUAAGCUGCACUGCAUUCCUCAGUGGUUGGCAGUUUUCCUCAACUUCGCAAGAGAGAGAGAUUUGGUUGGAAUGAAACCUUGCUCGCCGUACAGCCUGCUUGAGAUGCAGCAUUGAAAGAUCACUCACAAUCAGUUUGUGGCCUUCCUCUGAAGGAACCUUUCCUGUCUCUUGUACACAGCCUCUCUCUGUUCCCUGCCCCAAUGAACGUCUGCACUAGGUCCAAGGCUUGGAGUAAUUUACCUGAAGAGUGAUACCAUUUGGAAACCACUGAAGAAGCCCAAGACAGCUGAAAACCAGAAGGCGUCUGAGGAGAAUGAGAUUACUCAGACGGGUGCAUGCAGCGCCAAGCCGGGCCUUCCCUGCCUGAACCUUGAAGCUGUUCCGUCUCUGAGCCCGGCCCUCAUCCACUCACCACAUUCACCAACAAACCUGCACGCACACACAGGGUCAUCUGAUUGUAACAUCAGUUGCAAGGGGAUGACAGAGCGCAUUCAUAGCAUCAACCUUCACAACUUCAGCAAUUCUGUGCUCGAGACCCUCAACGAGCAGCGCAACCGUGGCCACUUCUGUGACGUGACGGUCCGCAUCCACGGGAGCAUGCUACGCGCCCACCGUUGUGUGCUGGCGGCUGGCAGCCCCUUCUUCCAGGACAAGCUGCUGCUGGGCUACAGCGACAUCGAGAUCCCCUCAGUGGUGUCAGUCCAGUCUGUGCAAAAGCUCAUCGACUUCAUGUACAGCGGGGUGCUGCGGGUCUCACAGUCGGAGGCCCUCCAAAUACUCACAGCUGCCAGCAUCCUGCAGAUCAAGACUGUGAUUGAUGAGUGCACAAGGAUUGUCUCACAAAAUGUGGGAGAGGUCUACCCGGUGAUUCAGGAUUCAGGCCAGGAGACACCCAGGGGAACACCCGAAUCAGGCACCUCGGGGCAGAGCACUGACACAGAGUCUGGCUACCUGCAGAGCCAUUCGCAGCACAGCGUGGACAGGAUCUAUUCAGCCCUCUAUGCCUGUUCCAUGCAAAAUGGCAGUGGGGAGCGCUCCUUUUACAGUGGAGCUGUGGUCAGCCACCAUGAAACGGCCCUGGGGCUCCCCAGGGACCACCACAUGGAAGACCCCAGCUGGAUUACCCGGAUCCAUGAACGGUCGCAACAGAUGGAGCGGUACCUCUCCACCACUCCAGAGACCACACACUGCCGCAAGCAGCCACGCCCUGUCCGAAUUCAAACCCUGAUGGGCAACAUCCAUAUUAAGCAGGAGAUGGAGGAUGACUAUGACUACUAUGGCCAACAGAGGGUGCAGAUCCUUGAGCGCAAUGAGUCUGAGGAAUGCACUGAGGACACUGACCAAGCAGAAGGCACUGAGAGUGAGCCCAAAGGGGAGAGUUUUGACUCGGGAGUCAGUUCCUCCAUUGGCACUGAGCCCGAUUCCAUGGAGCAGCAGUUUAUAGCUGGUCUGGGCCGGGAUGGGCAGCAAGAACCUUCUCAAGCAGAUCAAAAUGACGUCCCUGCUGAUGGCACUCAGCCGCAGCAGCAGCAGCAGCAGCAGCAGCAGCAGCAGCAGCAUGUAGAUGCCAACUCUUUCUCGCCAGAGAGAAGCAAUGACGUUGAAAUGGACAGCAAAGUGCUCACAGUCAAUAACAGCACCGAAAAGGGGGCUUUGCAGCCUUCUGUCAACACAACUGUUGCCCAACCAUUGCCAACCACACAGAUCUACUUACGCCAGACAGAAACCCUCACCAGCAAUCUGAGGAUGCCACUGACUCUGACCAGCAACACUCAGGUCAUUGGCACAGCUGGCAACACCUACCUGCCUGCCCUUUUCACCACACAGUCUGCUGGCAGUGGCCCUAAGCCUUUUCUCUUCAGCCUGCCCCAGCCUUUAGCUGGCCAACAGACACAGUUUGUGACAGUGUCCCAGCCUGGCCUGUCAACCUUUACUGCCCAGCUGCCAGCCCCACAGCCCUUGGCCCCAUCUGCGGGCCACAGCACAGCAGGUGGGCAAGGUGAAAAAAAGCCUUACGAGUGCACUCUCUGUAACAAGACUUUCACCGCCAAACAGAACUACGUCAAGCACAUGUUUGUACACACAGGUGAGAAGCCCCACCAAUGCAGCAUCUGUUGGCGCUCCUUCUCUUUAAAGGAUUACCUAAUCAAACACAUGGUGACGCACACUGGCGUGAGGGCGUACCAGUGCAGUAUCUGCAACAAGCGCUUCACCCAGAAGAGCUCCCUUAAUGUGCACAUGCGCCUCCACCGUGGGGAGAAGUCCUACGAGUGCUACAUCUGCAAGAAGAAGUUCUCCCACAAGACCCUGCUGGAGAGGCAUGUGGCUCUGCACAGUGCCACCAACGGCACGCCUGGAGCCACCGGCACCGGCGCGAGGGCUGUCCCUGCCGGGGUGGUGGCCUGCACGGAGGGGACCACGUACGUCUGCUCUGUCUGUCCAGCUAAGUUUGACCAAAUCGAGCAUUUCAACGACCACAUGAGGAUGCAUGUGUCAGACGGAUAAGUAGAAUCUCUCUCUCUCUCUUUGUUAUGAACAAAAAAAUAGAAACAACAAAAAAGCUAUGGCACUAGAAUUUAAGAAAUGAUUUUUGUUUCAUUUUUACCUUUAUUUUCCUCCUUUUUUUGGGUUCGUUUCGUUUUGUUGUUUUUGUACUACAUGAAGAACUGUUUUUUGCCUGCUGGUACAUUACAUUUCCGGAGGCUGGGUGAAUAAUAAUUUUCCCAGCCUCCCUCGGAUGGUGGCCUUAAGGCCAGGUAGUGCUUCAUGAGCUCCACUGGUUGGAUCUCUAGCUACUGGCCUCUAAAUACAACCCUUCUUUACUACAAAAAACAAACGAAAAAAAAACCACAAAAAAAAAAAAACAAAAAACAGACAGAAAAAAUAGAAAACAAAAAAAAAAACAAUUUCUUUUUUCUCACUUGUGAAGAGCACUACAAAAAAAAAGAAACAAAACAAAAUAUAUUACAAAUCUACAAGGCCUACUGUCGUUAUAAGUACACCGCUCGCAGUGUUUCAAUGGACAUAAUUCACAAUGCUGACCGCUUUCGGACUUCACAGUAUCCAGUUAGAACUGUGGAAUAUUUUGCUUCUGGUUGAGCAGCAACCAGAGGAAACAAGGCCCUGCUGGUUUCCACCACGUGUCUGCUUUCUCACACACACAUGCAUCCACAAACAUGCGAAAGGGCUGAGGGGAGUGCGAGGCAGUGUGGCUUGGAUAGUGUGGAGUCCCUGCAGAGUGAGGAAAAAGAAUCAGAGGUUCCUCACCUGGAUUCUGCUCCAUCCCACGCUCUCUGGCGCACCCUCCCCGCUGCUUUUCCCAUACCACCACCACCACCUUACAGCAGAAACCAAGAAGAUUCAGACAACGAGCAACGGUGGCUUUUUUGUAAUUUAUUCAGUGUCUUCGCUGAGCCCAGGGCCUCAGCACAAUCAAGAGGGACUUUCACAGAAGGCAAAGAGAAACACAGAGGAAAAUCAAAGAUAUCAGAGGUUGCAACCGAUGGAUCUAGGUACAAGAGAAGGGUUAGUUCCCACAAUCUUUGCAAAAAAAAAAGUUGCAUCAGGAUUUAUUCUUGUGGAAGAAAGAGGAAUAGAGGGUGGGUGGGGAGGGGAAUAAUAAUUAAACAAAAAAGAGUUCUUGGGACUUUUUUAAUUCAAAAUUUUAUAGAGGGGCAAAAGUGACGUUUACCAGAUAGAAUGCUGAUUUUUUUAAUAUAUUUACAACAGUAUUUGUGUAAAAAAAAAACAAAAAAAGUGAGAUUGUUAAAAGUAAUUUUUCUUUGUUUUCUUUUUUGUUUUGCGUACACUGCCACUAAUAUCUUCUCUUUUAUUAUAUAUAUGAAUAUAUAUAUAAAUAUAUAUUUUAUUUUAAAUUGAGACUGUUAAGGUUAGCUAACCUGCUUCCAGAUAGAGGGGGGGAGGGGAGAUGAUCUUGAUUUUUAUUUUAAAAAAGAGGAAGGAUGUUUCUUAAUUUUCUUUUCUAGUAUUUCUCUCUCUCUCUCUUUUCUAAUGGAAUCAAGAAUUACCUGGGUCGAUGAGGGGCUCUGUGAAGUCAUCUGUGAGAUUAUCUACUAGAGUUUGUGCAUCCUGCAGUAUCAUUUGAACUGCUACUUUGUUUAAUUACGUGGUUCUCUUUUGGCUCUUACCAAGGUUCUGUUGUUUCUUUUUUUGGUUCCAUCUCAGAAUUUAUUUCUGCUGAAGGGUGGUUCCUUUGAGAAGGAUUUUUCUAGCAAUGUUCCCUUGGUUUUGGGAUGAUAGAAUCUGUAGUCUUUUCUUCUUAUUUGAAAACGUAUGAAAGUUUUGGAAGUGUGUAAUAACUAGAAUUUCCCUUCUUUUUGGUCACUGGACAAGAAUUAGUCUGCUGUAUUGUUCUCUCAUCCCUGCCUUGCUCACUAGAGAGCUUCCAUAUUUGUGUGGGAAUCUGAUCCUGCCCCUGGUAAUUUGUGCUGAUGCCAAAAUAACUUAAAAUGUUACCAUUGCAAAUAAUCUUCCCUUCUUCAUUUGCAAAAAUGUCUAAUUGAAGGGCCACAUCCCGCAUUCUCUGCAUAUGCAAAGCUAUGCAAGGAAUGUAGGAUCAGUGUGAAAGAUUGAUUCCUGAUCUGCAUAUAUAUGUUGGUGUUUUGUAUUUUGUUUUAUUGUGUUUGGGCUGGUGUUCUCCCUAGUUGUCUUCUGUGUAUCUGUGUGAGAAUUUUUCCCCCAAAGCCAACUCCCAAAGUACAUGGGUCCUUAGUUCAGUUGGAUCAGUGUCUGACACUAUCUCUGUCUUGCUUGAAAUCCAUAGCUAGGAUUUGCACCAGCUGCACUCUGGACUUUACAUUUUAGGCAGAGAAGAAGCACCUAACAAAAAUAUGCAAAAAGAAAAAAAAAAAAAAAAGAAGAAAAAAUUGCUAGUUUAGCUUUUACUUGUGUCUAUAUUUAAAUUAAGCUUUCCUAAGUUUACAAAACUUUGCUUGUGAACACUGAGCAUUUCACAUAAGACAUUCUUUUAUGCUGGACAACUUUCUAACUAUUGACUUGAUAGAUCUCCACAUACAAUUUUGCGUGUUCUUUACUUCUGUAUCAGAUGUCUGUGAUUCAGCACAGGUAACCUCAUUGCUAUGUUCUAUGCCUGUUCUAUUACUGAUUUAUUUUGGGGAAAAAAACUGACAGGUGGUUCAGUCUCAGAAUCUUUCUGUACCCUGCAAGGUAUUGUUCAGCCAAUCCUAAACAUUGAAGCCCUGAUUCUCAGGUGCAGUAGGCAGCAUAAAGAGACUUUGAGGCGAGUGCCAGAGCAAAUGAGUCUCUUAUAUGGUAACGUCUUUUUGUGUUACCAAUUUGUUUGCGUAGUUCAAGAGGGCUGGAGAAGGAGCACAAGUUAGUUAACAAACACUGUUCUCAUAACCACAUUGGUAAAAGCAAUGCUGGCAUGUAAACCGAGAAGUGAAAAGACAAAACCUAAGACACAGAGAGGGAGAACUCGUAUCUGCCAUGUAAAGACACACUCAAUCUGAACAGAAAAUAAAGGUUCUAGAGACAAGGGUGUGGAAGAAAAUGGGGAAGGUGAACCUCUACAAAAGGAUUGAAGGUCUUUCUCUGAGGAAAGCAGUUUUUUCUGAGGUCUUUAGUAUCAAAGAGUUUGGUGUUCUCCCAUAUGAGGAAUUAAUGAAGAAUUUUACCCAGCUUAAAAAUCUGUAGCUGCUCAUUUGUCAUCUGAGGUCUGGGGAAAAGCUGUUUAAUUUGCCGUUGUUAAAUCUGGUGAACUAUAGUCAAGAUGUAGCAUAUUGUGGAAUUUGGUUCUGAUAUCAGAGGAGAUAUGCCAGCACACAGGAAAUAAGAAUCAGGGUUUACAUCCGCCAAAAUUUGAACACUAUGGUGUUUAGACAGAAAAAUCCUAUCUAAAUUUUAAUUCUUCAAUUUUCAACCUUCCUUAAAUCAGAGAAGUAUCAUCUUUGAAAUGCAAAUUUAUUAUGGGGCCUAAUAAAUUUGAACUGAAAUAAAGUUCAGUUGUGAAUGAAUGAAGGGUGCCAUUUAAAAAAAAUAAACAAACUUCUUAAAGUAAAGCUCAGGCAUACUAGAUUGAAUUCUAAAUCACUUGUCAAAGAGCUUAGGCCAAGGUCUUCACAAAUGGCUGCCUGAAAUAUAAACUGAUUUUGUUGAACUUCCAGGCUCAAAAAUUAGUGAUUUGAUUUUGUAAAAUACGGAGCAGCUUGCAGCAUGACUGCAAAUGUAACUGAAAAUGCUCAUCAGGUCGCUUAUUUAAGUGCCCUUCUAUGAACUUAGGAGCUCAAACAUAGACCCCUUUAUGUUUUAAAAUGUUAAAUUCUUUUAAUAAUGCUUCCUCCCAUCUGUUGAAAUAUGUAUUUACUCCUUGGAAAUAACUACAAUAUCUGAAUGUUACAGGUAUCGUCAAGUUUCAUGUUUUGCUACAAUAUUCCUUAGCAGAAAGAACACCUGUGUUACACUAGCAGUCAAUGAUCUACAAACUGCUGUUGACAGUGUUUGAGCGCAUCCAUCUCAGUAGGCUUGAAAGGCUUCCUUCAAAACACCUGAUAAAAUGAUACAGAUGAGAAAGAGCAGACUGUACCACACAUCCCUCUGAUGGAGCAUGCAAUAUCCUGCAUUCCUUGAGCCUGAUUCUCACUUUCCCGAAAGCUCUCUUUAUAUUGCUUUGGCAAUGGAAAAGGGCAUUAAAUAGGACAUAAAUUCAAGCAUACAAAUCAAGGCCUCUACAAGGCAAAAGUGCAAUAAAGGAAGCCUGAGAGUAAAUGGGAGGUAAGUGCCUUCUCUUACUGCUGCUGAGGCUGAUGAAGUCAAUUGAAAAUGUAGGACUGGCCAGAGCAGAUCUGCCCUGUGGUCCACCUCGCCCAGUAUUCUGUCGCUGACACAUGGCCAGUUAGGGAUGAUUUGGAUGAAGAUGAAAGACCCAUGUUGGAUAAUUACAAAGUAAUAAGCCUAGGAGAGAAGAUUUGUUAUAAUCCUCAUUAGCUAUGUAUCUGCUUAUAACCUGAAGACAUAAUAAUUUAUGGCCUUAACUUUUUAUCCCAUAUAAAAGUUAUAUAUUGUGACAGAUAAUUCUCAUUCUCCUUUAAAGAUCUAGCUUAUUAAUUGCUAGGUGGCCCGAGUGCUAUCCUGUGGAAGUGAGUUCCUCAGGUUAGUUACCACCUUGUUGAAAUGAUUCCUUUUCAGGAAUUUUGUUGCUGUCCAUUGAAACACCCUCUUUCCUGUUUUAUGUGAAAUCAUAAAUCAGAGAACCAGAAUUUAACUUCUCUUGCCCAUUCCGCUGAAGUCUGCCUCUCUCUGGGAAAUCUGAAUCCACAAGGAAUGCAGGAGCACAACAUCAGUCUGCUGGUUAGUAAGGAGAGAACAGCUACCGAGUGUGUGCGUGUGUGUGUCUGGGGUAUGUGCAAUUAGUGAGGUUCUUCUACAGCGACCUCUCGCAGAGGACUAACAAGUACAACUCAUAAAUAAUGGGAACACAUCAGCAGACUACACCAGUCUAGAAAUUGUAAUAUGGUAUUUCAGUCUGGUCCCUCCUCUCACAAAACCCCUAUUACUAGUCUCUCAUAAGGGAAAUAGGUAUAGAUAUUUUGCAGGAGCUGUUCUGCGGACACUUUCUCAGCAACUGUCAUGCUUCCACUAGGCCCACUUCUGGCCCAUGCUGUUACUUACCUUCAAAACAAGCUGAAAUUCACAGUAAGCUAACAGGGAAGAGUGGCAUUUAAUUGACUUUCUAAGAGAAUGAGAUUUCCCUUUGCUCUAAGAUCAAAGAGGCCAAGUGGUACCCAUUUUUCUUCUCAUUUCUUUUUCAUCCAAAGGAGGGUUGAGUAAUAACCCACAUACCAUCAGCCCCCUCACUUCUUACCAACCCCAAACUGAUUGAUUUCAGUCAACCUUGAGCUGUUUGAUUAAUGCUGGAUCAUUCACAUGGUGGUGGAACAAAUCUCUUGCCAUUACUGAGUAUUAUGCUAGCAUGUCCUGCCUGUCGUUAGUAAUGAAAGAAAAUCCUAUAGUGAGAAGGUACAAAACAUACUAUUUGCAGGAGUGUAGAGUCCAAUCCAAAAUCAAAAGCACCCAAACCAUUUCAAACAUAACCAGACCUUCAAUAUGCCUAGGACUGUAGAUAUGUGACCCUUCUGACAGUCUUAUGCUAAGGAAAUCCUCCGGCUCUCACUGCUGAAGAUGACUUGCUGCCCAAAAAGAAAUAUAAUAUCAAAUUAGCACCUGGUGGCUGUUCUGUCAAGGAAAACUAGAUUUUCGUAAUCCAACCCUUUCAAUUCAGCAUCCAGCUCCUCUAAGCUAUUGAAAUAAACCUGAUAGAAAUGAAUCAGCAGGUAGCCUAACGGAAGCAGCAUGUGAUCAGCCUAAAGCAAAAUAGCUGCUUUUCACAUUCCCUGAUUUGUUUUUAUGCUGGCUGUGAAAAUUCAUGAAGGAAGGUGUAAUGUGAUGAGAACUUAGCCCUGAGAGGUUCUGAGCCUCCUCUGCUCCCAGGACGCUUGUCACUCAGUAGGAUCUGGACCCUAAGUGAUCACAGCUCUGCUGAAGAAAGGCUUAUGAGAGAAACUACAGAUAAUACAUUAAAUCUGGAGUCUUGAGUUUGUAAAUGCAAUGCAAACCUUUCCCAGCACUUGUGUCCCACUGACAGAAACCAAAAUCGGGUAGGAAGGCCUUGCAGAGGGGCAGAUGCUAGAAGUACCAAGGUUCUGCAGCAUGUCCAGUAAGACAGCCAAGUGUAUGAAGGUGGCCUAAUGCUAGAUUCAUGUCCAUCAGGGGCUUGUUGUGGCCAGGCCAAGUCAGGGGUUUUGCUGCUGUUAACCUUCUUCUUUGUCCUGCUAGAAGUAAUAAGGUCUCAGCUAACUUCCUUUAAAGCUAUUCAGUGAUCCAGUUAAUUUCAGCAGGAGCAAAGGAGUCCCCAGAUUUUGACAGAUGACUAAGCUGGUAAACUUGGAGAGAAUUUUAGGUAUGUGCAUAUUCUUCAAAUUAACUCAGACAAAACAAAAAGGUGGGUUGUGUUUUCUUUAGCAUAGAACAGAGAGAUUUGGUCCAUAAGGGAGAAGCUGACAGACAACUUGUCUGAAAAGUAAGAAUGCUUUACUCUCUUAGACUUAUUGUUGUGAAGCACAAGGGGGAAUCUUUGUUUCAUUUUUCUAAGAAAAUAUGUAAAUGAGAAACAAGAUGUGUUAGGUAAUAGUGUAUAUCCAUCUAAUUAUUCCCAGUGCUGAUAACUAAUCAACUAGAUUAGUGCCUCUAGGAACAGAAAAAAUGUUAUGCAUUCAAUGUUUCUAUUUCUGAUCCUCCUCUGCUAUAGAUCUGGAGUAACUAAGAUGGAAACAGUAGACUUAUACAAAGGCAAAAUUUUGGUGAAUGAAAGAAUUGUUUCCCUGUGUAUGUCUGCCAGUAUCUGGACAAAUAUCCACUCUGAAUUAAUGUUUAUAAUUACUAGGAUACUGUUAGAUAAUUUUGAUUUAAAAUUUAUGGUCUUAGUGAAAAAAAAAAUACAACUUUAAAUAUUAAUAGAUAUUUUUUCAUUAUAUAUUUAGCAAUGGUGCUGGCUUCUUGUUGCAUUUUAGCCUCUGCAGUAGUGCUUGAUCUCCAGGCAUUAUGAGAGAGUCCAAGUGUAGGAGAAGCAGAGCUGACUGAUCUACUGUCAAUAAGGUAAAAAAGUAAAUUGGACCCAUAAUGUGCUUUAAAUCACUAUUCACGUUGCAGUUGGUAACUCAGGAGUUUCUGGGUUUAUUUUAAAAUACAAGGAGUCAAACGUAUUCUAAACAUAAUUCUAGCAAAGUCACGUCAGAAGAAGAAUUAGUCAUGGUAUUUAAAUGCCAGUUUCCCCAAGAAUUGUUCAUUAAAAGCUUUUAAAAUAAUGAGGCCAACUCAAGAUAUGCAGAACUCUGCUACUAUAACAUGAUUCUUCAUGUUAUACAUGAUCACAGCUUCCACCACCAGAACUAAGUCUGCUUCACUGACUUCCUUUCCCCACAGUCAGUGAACUGAGAUUUUUGUGCACAACCACAUACACCCAAGGAAAACUUUUAAUGUUUCCCCUAGGAAAAGGAGUGUAACAUUGAGGUAAGCAGACCAAGAAGAUCUUCCAAACACUAUAUAUUUAACACCCCCAAUUUACGCAUUUGUCCUCAACUAUUUUUCAAAAAGCAAAGAGCAGUAAGAUACUUCUUUGGGAAGCAAAUACACUACAGCCUUGAAUACACUACAGCCUUGUAUACAACUGCUGCCUUAAAACAGAAAUGUGUCUGAGCAGUAUGGAAUGUACUCAUGUAUUGUAUCUGUAGCAAAGCUAAAUCUAAAACAUUCCCUUCAUAUGAAAUGUGUUAUAUUGUGUUUUCCUGUUUGAGAGGGUAGGGAAGAAAUAAAGAAGUAUUAGCGAGGCAUAGUGGUCUCUUCACAUUGGACGGUGCUCCUCAGCUGUUUCUUACCUUCAGUUACAGCUCCAGGUUUGGUCCUCUUCCAAAGUGAUCUCCUCCUUUUGAUUGAGUUGGUUGGCAUCAGCUCCCUGUAAAACACUGGAGGGUAAAUCCUUCGUAAACCAAAUGAAUGACUGGGGGGUAAGGCUGUGUGAUUUGACUACUGACUGCAGCCUCACCAAUGCCAGUGGAAUUCAUGAGAGAGAAAUCCGGUGAAAAGCUACUUCCCAGUGACAACUUUCAUUCUUAAUUUCUAUCAGUGCAACCUGUAUUGGCACUUUUGGGUUUGCAUGCAUGUCACUGGAGAUAAAUGUAGGCCCUUUGAUUGGUUUAGCUGUGUUUUCUUUUAAGAAAAACAUAUUCUAACAAUAUCCUUUUGUUGCAGCAAUAUCAUUAUACGAACAAAAGACGCGCCAAUAUCCCACCAUGUGUGAGAACUUCUAUCCAGUUUAGCCCAUAGGGAUAUCGUUUCCACUCCUCCUGCAGACUUUAUUAGCACUUGAGCCUUCUUUGUGCUGCGAAAUUUCAUACACAGUCAUGCAGCCACACCCCAAGCAUCCCUUGUAAAUGCGCUAUGUCAGGUUGGGCUUAGGUAUUACAGUAGCCCAUGUGCUUUCAUAAGGUCCCCACUGUGACUUACCCUGCUGGAAAAUCUGGUACCAGUGUAGCAAAGCAUUUCUUGCUUUAGGUAUUUUCCAGGCAGAACUGCAGACUUCUACAAUGUGCACACUUCAUACAGUUGACUUGGUGAUUUUUUGCCAAGUUCACAGUCCUAUGACACUUGAGGAAAGUGCAGAGCUUGGUUAGAUACUUAUUGUUGUGCUCAACCGUCUGAUUCUGCAGCGUCCUGUUCCUACAAAACAGACAGGUAUCUUUCUGAGAUCUGUACAUUUAAUUAGGCACCUUUUCUAUUUCACUUUGCUCCUUUUUGCCACCUGGAUAUUGCCAUGUUCUUUGUUGAACCUUAUAAAGUCCCAUAAAAGUUCAACCCCCAUGUUGAAUAUAUACUGUUUGACUAAAGAGGACCAUCACUUUCAGGAAGCAGGAUUACAUUCACCUCGCUGCCCUGAAAAUAUAUCACAACUUACUUCCUCUCACUUUUCCCAUGAAGUCCUUUACUUUCGUUUGUCACAUAGUCUCUUGGUACCUAUGGGAUCUUUGAAUAAAACCAAAUUACAUGGCCUCUGUGUGUGUGUGCGUGCAAAUGUAUGUGUGAGUAUGCAUGUGUAUGUGUGCAUGUGUAAGUAGCUAGCUAGCUGUCUCUUUCUGGCUUUAACGGACAGGUUGCUAAUUGUGUUGACACGCGUGGUUCAGGAAGGGGUUUAGAUGAAACAACGGUUACAACGUUAACUGGAGCAUUGGCAUGAAUCUAUAUGAAUCUAAUGAAAAAUAAGUACACUACUUAUACAGUAUAUAUGCACACAUAUAUUCAUAAAACACAUUCUGUUGGCCAAAUGCUCUUGACUGGAUGUUUGCCCAAAUAAGAUGUUUGCCUUCAUUCAAAACAUGACACCCAGAUUCGGUCCAGUGUACUUUCAUGAGUACCCAUUCUGAAAGGAAGGCUGAAGUGUGCCUUCGGAGCCUUGCGUGGUCUUUCAGCCACAAAAUAAAUAAAACAGUCCAGCUCAGCAGGCUUCACUAGCAAAGAUGGGCAUCCAUGGGACGGUGCAGCGCUGGAACGAUAAUUUGAGUUCAGUCACUCAUUUCCAUUGAAUUGCAACAUGUUCACCUGACAAAGGAGUAAAAUCCAAGCAAAAUAAAUUAACUUGCCUGUUUGCUCCCCUUAAAAAGAGCACUAAAAAAAUACAAAGUCUUUAAACAGUUAGCAACACAGUGUAUUGAGAGACUCCCAAAUACUCCAGGUCUGGAGCUUCUAGUGUCCAAAGCGCCGUAUCAAACAGCUCUUUCCCCACCUCACAUACUCUGAAACAUGUUGACUAUGAAUAUCUUUACAAGUAAUCUGAGUAAUCCAUUCCAAAUGUGCAGUCACUAACAAUUAACUUUCUUUCCCAUGGUCUUUGCCAAAAUCUUUUCAGGAACAUGGUUAGUGUGUCUAGAAGACCGUAGAUUGUCAGGAGGAGAAGAAAUUGGUCAGUGAGAGUAUUCCAUAUGUAAUCCAUGAGAACUGCAGGAUUUCUAGAACUCAUUUUGCGCCCAUUUAGUUAGUGGGAUGAAUAAGUACGUUUAGCUACAGCUGCCUAUUUUGGUAUCAUGUUGGCCCUAAAAGUAGCAUUUUAUUCCUUUAACUCUUUUGCCCGAUUGGGGGAUUCUUCUUGUCCCAGAAGAUUUGGGGGAGGAUUUUUUUCUUCCAUUUACACUCAUACAAAGUUCAGUAAAUGUUAUUCCUCUUCUUAGAUUGGGGGCAUUUCCCUUCCCCUUUUGAAUAAGAUGAUAAAUGCAACAAUUUUGGCUGGUUGAUUUUGGGGUGAGGUUUUUAUUUUGGUUUGGGGUUUUUCUUUGGUUAAAUGUACAUUGUCUCUCUAUAGUCAAAAUGUCUGUGACUGUAACAGUAUGUAUUUCUUUUACUGGAGAAAAUAGACUUUUGGGGUUUUGUUAACAGUACUAGUGACUUUGUGGAAAAUGACAAGUUGCUAUUUAGAUCUGCUUAGUUAAGUACAGUACACUACAAUACAGUAUUUCUGAAAGCUAGAACAUACAGUACACAAUAUAUAUAGCAAUUCUAUAUCAAUAUAUAUACAUAGUAUAAUCAUUUAACUUUUGCAUCUGCCUAUGAUCAUAGAAAAAUAAUUUUUCACAUGUAUCAUUCACAACCCAAUCAGCUGCUGCAGCUAUUUGAAGCAUUUAACAACCAUUAUUACAGCUCUAGUGUGCUUUUUCAUAUUAUUGGCUUCUUUAUUGUCUUUACCAGUAUUUUUUUCAGGCUUUUAAAAAUCUCUAUGUAGCAAGAUGUAGGAAAGUAAUGUUUUUAAGAAAAGGUAAAAACAGUAUUAGGCUCUACAAAAAGUUAGAGAUUGUUCCCUGCUCCCCUUUCAUAACAGAAGAACAAUUAGUCAAGACAAUUAAGGUUAUCUAUUAGCUCUCUUCUGAGAUGUCCUGUUAUUUCAUUUGUAAAAGCGUAUGUCACUUUCCUCUUCCAUUCCUAGCCUUGGAGAAAGAUGCCGCAAGUGGUCUUUCACUCUUUCCAAGUUCUGUUUCUUUAAAGUUUUAAGAUGUCCUAAAAUUAUCCUCCACGCUAAUGUGGGGUAGAAGAAAUAUUAUUCUCUGAACAGUUAUGCUAAAUGUGGCCAGUGGAUUUUGCAAAGAAUUGGAUAAAUAAUACCUCCAUCCACCACUAUUGAUAUAUUCCAAUUGCAUCUUUACUUAUCCACUUGAUACCCCCUUUUUCAAAUAAAAACAACCUCUGCAAGUUUGAGUUUCAGUUCAAAAGUUUUCCAAGGUGAGUGUUGCCUUUAUCAUCUUCACACCAUGUUGCUGUUGGUUCUGAGUUUUGGGUCAGUCCCACUAGAUUUUGAUUGUUACCACGGAGCUGCUGAAAAAGAUGUCACUAAGGAUAUAUGUAACAUCUAGGUCCAAAUAAGCCAGGGGAAGCUGAUUGACAACCAAGCCUUAUGGCUUGGGGUGUCGUUUCUGUCUUCUCAUCUUGCAACAGACGGCCCCGGCAGCAAGUCUAGAUCCAAACUUUGUAAGAGUGCAAACUUACGAGCGCAUGGGAAUUUAUGUUUCCUUUUCUAAUUCAGGUACAUCUCAGCUGACCUUCAUUUCUUUGGUGGAUAACGUAUCACUCCUAAAUCAAAAUGUGCAAAAUCAAGUGGAUGAGGGUUGUGGAGGAGGUAUUAAUUAUAUCUCAUUUCUCCUAACUGUGAAGACUGAAAGAAAUGAGAGAUGGUCACAUCAAUUACAAACUGUGCUUUCACUGAGAAUGAGGAAAUCUGUGUCACUGCAAAUCAAUAAACUUAAAAAGUUAUUUUGGAGUGGGAAGAGAGGGAAGGAGUUACCUAUGCCACAUCUUGGGAUAACAAAAUGAGAACUUCAAGCAUGGGAAUCAUCAAGUGCUGGCAUUCCUUACAGACUCCUGUCAUCUGCCAUUUGCACUUACGUGGAGGCCACUACCACAUCCUUUUUCUUUCUACUUGCAGUUUAAAAGUUAUGGUCUUCCAGCAGUGAUUUCUAAGUCUGGCUUUUCUUUAUUCUGUGUAUACCCAUUUGUAAGGGAAGGAAGAGACUAUCUUCUCAAUAUUAAUUACGCAGGUAACAAAACCAGAUUACCCUAUUACAUAAAGGAUGGGCUUUGUCCUGUUAAGCCAAACAGGUGCCAUUUCCCAAAUUAAUUCCAGUUAGCUGCUGCAACAGAGUGCUGAUUCAGUGGUCCACAUUUUCUGACCAUGGUCUUUGCCUUUUCCUUUGACUGAAUGCUGAAUCAUACAUAUUUUCGUAGAGAGUGUUCGCACUUCACUGAGAAUGCCUGAUCAUUUAAAUGGCUAUGUACCCAUUCCACGCUUCCCCUGCUAAUCCUUUGUAAGGUUCAGUAAUUCAUUUAGGAUAAUUACUAGUUUAAUGUGUUUCUUGAUUUAACUUCUUUGUUGCCUUUUAUUUUUCCUAAUGCUUUUUUAAACACCUCAGUUCAUUUUGCAUCCUAUACAGUUUACAGUUUAUAUUUUUAGGCUAAGAAGUGGUUUUACAAACAGGAUGGUACCAAACAGGUAGAUUAUCCACACUAGAGAUUGUACUUUUAGAACACAGUGUGUACAGAUACAAUUGCCUAAGGGAAAGUGAAACUAACAAAAUAAUCAGCUGGUGAACACUAUUUUAACAUAUCUUUUACAUAAAAGACAGUCAGUCAUUUGUGAAUCCAGAAAUCUUGCUUUUUUUGAACAUGUAUCCUUUCUUUUUCAUUCUCUGAAGAAAUACUAAUCUUGAGAAUUGUGAUGUUCUAAGAAACUCGUAUCAUAUGUGCAUAUUUUCUGCUUUUCUAAGGAGAGAGAAAACAGAAGGUGAUACUGGCUUUACAGUUUUAUAGAUUCUUGCGUUGGAGACUUUCCUUGAAUGAUACAAACAUCAAGGGAAGACUCUGUCCAAAUAUUAGCUUUAUUCUAGUGUAUGGUUUUCAUUAUUACUUUCGUUUUCCAUCUCCUCGUUGACCAAGUAGACCUCCAGGGCUAGCACAAGCCAUGGUCUCACGUUUCUGUGGUCGACAGCAUUUAUAUUCAGCUCCUUUUUGCACUUCUUUUCUGUGUUGUACAGCUUUUGAGGAACACAACAGUUGAAGUAGGUAACACUGUCACCACGAGAGGGAGAACCUUGUACUAAGAGAGUGUUGCUCUAUGCUACUGUGCAGGGACAGAAAGGGAUUAUAAAGCUCUUUGCUGCAAGGUUGAAUAAGAGGAGAGUCCCCUGCCUUGGGGGUGCUUGCACCAAAGACUGGGGGGGCCUCCCAGGAGAGAGGAAGGCUUGAACUCCAUACAAGGGACUUGCUCUUCACCUGUGCCACUUAGAGGAAAAGACUGAAUCUCCAGUAUCUGCUGCUGCUCUUUUUUUAAUGUAUGAAUACCUUUUAAAAAAUUUAUAGUUCCUAUUUAUUGGUGGAAGAGGUGUCACACUUUCAUUUAAUGGAGUCAGAACUACUUGUUCACAAGUAUCUUCAACAAGUUUCAUUGUCUUUUGGCGUGCCCUGUUUCCUUUGUCCUAAUGCCAGGAUGUAGCUUGGACUGCUGUGAAACUCAUAGGGAUCCUUUAAAUCUGGAUUUUAUUCCCAGUUUCAUAUGUGCUGAGCAUUCAGUCCCCUAGAUCCUUGCUCCAAAGUUCAGAUUCAAAGAAAUUCUUACAAUGAAAUGAAGCAGAAAAUUGGUGGUUUCCCGUAAACUCCACCCAUAAUGAGUUUUUGUUGUCAAACAUAAGAUAAAUAGGCUGCUCAGUUCAGGCAGGGUGUACUGUGUGACCUUUCUUGUCAGCAUCAGUGAGGUCUGUACUUAAUCCUGAAAAUUGAUUGGACCAAUACUCUGUGGGCCAAAUUCUGCAGGCGGGACCCACAUGCUCUUUUGUUGACUUCAGUGCAUUUUCUCUGACAAGGAAAGCAUAUGUAGUCCUCCAGAAAGCUGUAGUCCUAAACACUCAUUUCAUAUACACCCUUUAAGAUGUCACAGGACUUGCCCAUAAUUUAGUAUGUUUCUGCCCAAAGUUUCUAUUCUUCAUAAAACUGACUCAAGAUUUAAUUUCACUCCACCAGGCAGAUUUUGCCUGUGUUAAGGGCUCUGUGAUUAAAUCGUCUCUCCUUCUUGCUGGGAGGCUUAAUUCAGAAGAACUAUACAGUGCAGGACAGCUGCUUCCCUUUGAACAAGGCGUGGGAAUUUUUUUGUCCAGAGAGUUGUAAAUAGCCUUGAGUCUUUCAUUCCACAAGCAUGUAGCCUCUUUGGGUUUGACUGCUGAUGGCGUGUUUAUCUUAAAAAACUAAAUAGUGAGCCACAACAGCUAGUGUAGAUACAUGAUACACAGCAAUCGCUUUUCCCUAAUUUACACCCUUGCUGUGUUACUUUUCUAUUGCCAGAACAAUGUAAAAGCAUUUGCGUAUUUGGAUACUUGGAGUAACUUGGUUUUAGGUUUCUGACUGCUUUACCCAGAAGUGCUCUGGCCAUACCUUUUCUGUAAUGGUGAUCACAUAUUAAUGUGGGUGAAAUAAAGUUGUUUCUUUGUAAUAUCUGAUUAUAUAACGCCAAAUUCAGGCUCUACAUCAAGCUGUUCUGUGGACUUUUUUUUUUAAAAAGUGCUACUGCAUUAAGCAUGCAGGAGAAUGGAUGGGAACCAACCUAGUCUAGUGUGAACUUAGAACUUCAGCAAACAGGUAGGACACCCUCAAAGUACACACAGCUGAACAGCAAGAAAAUUCAUUCCUGCUGAUUUUACUGGCUAAAUUGAUGUUUAUAGAUUUUACAGAAGAGCUAGCAUGCAUUAUCCGUUUUGUGUCUUAUGUAUGCUCUGGCAUGGGACACGCCACUGUAGCUCUGCACCCAUAGACACUGGAUUUAGGUGCUGGCCUCUUGCCAUGGCUAGUGAUUCCAUUGUGCUCUGUUUUUCAUGAUAGGCUCAUUGGUAAAGGUAAACAGCAAAAGUCCUUACGGUCUGGCAUUUUUCUGUUUUGGAGGUGGAUGUUCAGGAUCCCUGCACCCUUAUUUAGAUUCUUUCUCUUAGUUUUUUUCCUUAUUUCUGUGCAUGUGAAACACUUCUCUGCACUAGAAUGAAACAGUGUGCCUGGAGGUGAGGGCACAGUUCUUUUAUCUUUGCAAGAGAAAAAGUAAGGAGGAACCUGCUUCUCGGUUAUCGUUUGGUUUAUUUGUUGCUACUUGCUUUUGUUUCUAUUCCGGGGUGAGCUGCCAUCUUCAACAAGGGACUGGGAGUGGGAGAAGAGACAGAAGGCAUGAGGAAGCAUGUGCCUGAGCCUAAGUGAAGCAGCAUGCAAUACUCUAUACACUGGGCAAUUACAGUAAGAUUAAUAUAGCAGCAGCAGUAUUGCCCUAAUGUGUUCCUUUUUCCAUACAUUUCCCUUUCUUGCUCCUUCUUCCCUGUUGUGGCCUCUUAGACUGUUUUAGUGGUUCCCCAUGCUCCUUUCUAAUAGUUAGAUGGAGGCUCUUGUGGCUGUCCAAACUGAAAUUAAUCUCCAAACCAGUGGGUACCCCAAAGUCUUUGUUGUGUUUUACCAAGUGAUAUCUUAAUGAGUGGCAAGCCCUGGCAGAUGUUUUAUUUUGUUUAAAGAGAUAGAUAGGCUAGGGGAGGUAUGGGCUGAUGGGGAUUCAGUAACCUGCUUGCCUUUGUUAUUAGUGAGCUUUAUUUUGUUUUUCUUCUGUGUUUUCACUUUGAGGUACUUAAGAGCUUAUAUGCCUGUCAGUAAAAUUCCUGCUUUUCCCACCAUAGCCCUAGAAAGGCUGUGAAAAAAAUCCUUUAUAUAUAUACUUGUGUAUUUGCAGGAUGGGGAGGGAGUUGUCCAUGCACGUGCGUGUCUGCGUGAGAGGGAGAAAACUAAAGUUAGUGUUGAUCUGUCCAUUUGUUUUAGGGUGGCCACAGAGAGCUGCCACUUUGCAGAGUUGAUUGCACUACAGAACCUUAGCUUGGGCACUGUUAAAAUAAGGACUGUAUAUUGGGAACAGGGAAGCUUUUUAGGUUUUUUUUAUCCACACUUAACACAUGCCCUUUGCAAGGUGUGCCCUUGCAAAGUUUGCAUCUGACAACUUUGUGUAAAACCACUACUGACCUUUUUGCUGUAUCCAUUUAGUUCUCUCUUCUUUCUGCAGCCCCCAAACAAUGGCUUGUCUCCUUUCCAAUUUCUGUCAUUCGACUUACUAUGUUUUCGAUAAAUGUCCUAUCUGCUAAUGAGAUAUCUACAUUGAGUGGGAGGAGAGAAAAUGAAGCAUGUGAAAGUGUGGCUGGGAGACUGCAAAUCCCCCUUUGUUUUGGGGCAUUCGUAUACUUUUACUGAGAGCUGACUUCUUGGGGGCUGGGUGGGGUGGGGAGGGAGUUUGUGCUUUUUUGGUCUGGAUAAGGCUUUUUAUUUUUGCACUAAGUAUGACUGCACUGCACUGCAUUGCACUACUGAAAUGUAUUUACAUGUGGUGGGAUUGGAAGGGGCCAAUUAAGCAGGAAGGGAGAAGAGAAAGGGAUAGGCACAGAAAACAGGACGUACCGUAAACCUGACCGGGUUGAAAGAGAACUGGCAUUUCCUUUACUUUAAGCAACUAGUCAGACACUGAGAUAGCUGUAUUGGAUAGCUUCUGUAAAAAAAAAAAGGAAAAGAAAAAGUGAAAAAAAGCACUAUAAAAGAAACUGAAGAGGCAUCACAGAUUUCAGGGUGCUACAGGUCUUUUCCCCCCUUUUCCUAGAGAGUGUUCUUUCGGGCUGUGAGAGAGUUAAGAGAACUGCUCAGCAUGAAAACCAACAUAAGGCUUCAACAUAAAGAUACCAAUUCCUAGUUCAGAUGUCAAAACUUGCAUUGUCAGAUAGGAUCUCUUCAGAGAGAGGUUUGACUGUGAUUAGCAUCCCUUCUGUAUAAGCAUGAACUCUCAGCUCAAGAGUGAAGCCACAAAGCAGGCUUACCAAAGGGGAAGGUCACCGCAAAAGAGCACUUCUUUCUGAGGCUGUUACGGGAACAGUGCAAUAAACAGUCAUCCUGAACACUCAAUUAAAGGUGUUCCAGUCAAGCCUUUGGGGCAGAGGGAGCAGGAAGGACAUUUGGACAAGAAAGGGUGACAUGGAAUUCAGUACGAUAAGGAAUAUUCCUGCUUAGGCAAAAAUGCUGUCUAGCAUUUUAGGAUCUUCAGUCUGAUUUCUCUCCCCAAACAGAUGGUCAAGCAUUAUGAAGGCUUUUGGCUGGAACCAAAUGCAAUCCUAAGUUGGAAAGUAUUUUUACAGUCAAGAUGCAUGUUGGCCUAUGCCUUGGUCAUUAACUUUGUAGCGAGCAUAAUAUGAGAAAAAAGAAAACAGUAGUAAUGUGCAGCAAGAUCCAUCUCUGCUGUAGCUCUUUGUGGUUUAUAAACUCUCAAAAGUUUGUGUUGAAUCUCUUCAGUAAGACUAUAAUUACAACUUCUGCCAGAGGGUAAAACAGGAUCAUGAAAAAUGCUCUGUAUAGCAAUUGGGAGAAGAAUGUAAAACAUGAGUCCAUUUGCUUUGGUCCUGUAGUGGAGGGACCACCUGUCUAAUAGACACGGAGGUUUUAUGGACAAAAAAGGGGAGGUAGUCAUCCAAUCGCUAAGGAACGUGUAGAGUAAUUGGAUGGUCAAAAAUCUAUUCAUGCCCUGAAUUUCUCCUUAGACUUGAAGCUAAGACAUUUUGGCUGCAUUAGUACCAAGGAAUGGCUAGUACAGAACUUACACAGAGCUGCACAAUGCAAAGUGGAUUGCUGCUGGUCAGUCUGUUGGGCUGCCUCGUUUGGGAAAAGUAUCAAGAACUAGAGCAGGAAUAAUAUACAAGAGGCAAGUCUUGGGUGGGAAGGAACAAGUCUGUCUGGAACAAGGAGACACUUUGUUGUUCAGGAUGUGUUUUUCUGGCAAGCUCUGAGAUUUCAUCCAUCCUGGCUUGAAAGGACUGGAAGAGAAGAACUGGAGAUAUCCCUUGGUAUAGUGUUAGAUGAACUACUGAAUGACUCUUCCCUUGCAAGCAGGCAGGACAGUAGAACAUGCAGUCUUUUCUGAGCCAUCUGCAGGAAUCCUAUAAGAUGAAAACCACUGGAAAGUCAUCUUCCAGUAAUGAGACAGUGGAUGCCCAACAAAAGCAUAGUUCAUUUGCGAGCCAGCAUAAUACAGUGGCAGGAGAGCACCUUUAAAUUGUAAAGCAGCAUUUGCUUCUGUAAGAGUAGUGACAGCUACAGAGUCAUGAUAUGGGAGGAAAUGAAGUCUGUCUGCUGAAGUUAAUUCAGGUUAUGAGCCAAUACUCCCCUUUUUUGUUUAGGUGAGUUUUUGUUUUGUUUUCUUGUUUAAGGCAGCUGCAUUAUUGCUACUGUCAGAGCGGAUUUGCAUUGUCAAAGAGGAGUAGUGGACUGCUCCAGAAAAAAAGUGAAGCUGAGGGUUUACUGAGCCUGCUGUGUCCAGAGUGCCUUUCCUGCUGUGGUAAAAUAAAGAACUUCUGUAGUUUGAGCUGUUCUGGCUGACUGAUUGCUGCAUAUUCCUCCCUUGUGGUGUGACCCAAUGGCAACCAUAUUUGGACAAGGAGAGGAACACUGCAUGCUUGCAAUGCUGUGAUAAGAUGCCAUUUGCACUAGUUUUUAAAAAGUACUGCAACCUGAAGAAGUGGGCUUUGAGCCAUGCUCCAAACCCGGGUUUGAAUUCAGCCUGUUUAAACCUGAUUCCAGCUGACUCAGUUUCAACAAAACCGGUCUAGUUCACGUAAACAGGAACCAGACUGUUUUUUAAAAGCCAAACUCCAGCCUAUGUUCCCACUCAGUUACAGUGCUUGACCAGAUCAGUUUGUGGGCGUACGUGUGAUUGUAUAGUUUUAAUGGCUUUUAAAUAAGUUGUUCCUUUUUACAUGGUCAGUUUGAAACUAGUUUGACUGGAACUGCAUUUAAAUAUAGCACAAACUCUUUUUUUUUUUCAGCAUGGUACUAAAGCCCCAUGUAGACAGUGCUUGACUGAGAAACCAAGGAUAACUUGAGGUUUAUUUUAAGAAGCCAAAACAUAUGUUGCUGACUAGAGAUGCCGCAUAACUUAAUGCCCAAUUUUUUUCUCCAGAUGGAGAAACACUAACUUCCAUAAUUCUCCUCCAUUUGUCAUCCUGCUUCAUUGUUGCACCUUUUCUCUUGAAUGAAAAUCACUUUGGCCAGUGGGCUAGAUCCAAAACAGAACUUCCCUGUACUGUUUGAUCAUCUUGUUUCUAUACGUUCCUUUCCUCGACAUUGACAAGCACUGCUGAGGAUCAGCUUGAGUUUUUGCUGGGACUAUCUGGCAUAGUUAUGGUUCAAUAAGAUGCUAGUGAUAUUUUCAACAUUAUGGUAAUUUUAGAGCUUACCCUUGAGGAAAAUGUUAUGUUUCAGAAGUUCCACGGAAAAAAAGAAAAUGCCAGGAAUCACGAUGGAGCUUUAGUCACAGUGCUAUAGCCAAGUUUGUAGGGAACGCACUUCUGGUGGCUGGUGAUGCUGACAUUUACGAAGGCAAUUCGAAAGCAGUAGAGAGCGUAUGCUUUCUCAUCCCUGCUGAACUAAGAGAAUUUACACUAACAGAACAAUCCCAGAGUAACCUGUCAGUGUUCAUCACUUUUUCCCUAAUGGAGGAGGCUAAACAAUCUGUCACAUCACCUUAGACAGUCUGAAUUUGCUUCAAGACUGCUCCCAAAUGGCCUGCCAGCCAGGUGCCCUCCCUCAUUGAUCCUAGUAUCACACUGGCUGGUGAUUUGUCACAUCAGCCAAGGUGACCAAGAGAUAGCCUUGGCCCCAGCUAGGAGCCUUUUAUCUUUCCUUUUCCUUUUGGUUUUCUAUCGAACCAGGAGUGCAAUUAGUGGUAAGUAGAUGGCAGGUCUGCUGUUGCUCCAGAUGACAAGAAUGGCAAAGCCACAUGGCAACUGAGCUACUGUUGUCCUCAAGGACACUGGUAAAGGUAAAAGACCAGGCUGUGGUUGCUGGUGUAGUUGUAAACCUACAGCUUCUGCUGCUUGCCCCUCCAAACUUGUUUUGGUCAACUAUGCUGUUGCCCUUGAAUAUGCUUUGUGUGUGAAAAACUGAAUGCGGUUGUUCUGUUGUCUGUCUUCUUUCUUCUGCAUCACGGAUGUGGCACCAACUUAUACUCACAACAAGCUUGAGUUUUGUUUUGCUGUUGUUAUUAACAUGUAAUUCUACUGUAGACCAAAAAAUACGAAAAGGAAAAAAAAUCAGUUUCAAGACAUACAAGACCAGUGAGUGAAAGGUGAAAAAUUUAGGAAGUGAAGGUGUGAGAGAAGCAAUGGUUAACUGUGUUAAGUUAGAAAUCUCAGAAUAGCCUUACCUAUUUCUUAACCAAUGCUUACCAAUCAUCCGGUAGUGGGGUUAGAUAGCUUUCUUGGCUCAUUCGUACUUGUAUCCUAAUAUAUAUAUAUAUAUAUUAUUUUUGUUUCUUUGGUAUUGCUGUUGCACAUCACGUUGUCUUUUAUAAUGCCUGGUUUUUAUUGUAUUGUACUUUAUCAGUCUGUUUUGUUUUUUGUUUUCCUCUUGAAGGAUGGGAAAAGUAAUGUUUCCUUUUUGUUUUGAAUUUUUGAGAAAAAAAUGCACUGGAAGUAAACACAAACACAUUUUGCCAUUUGAAAAAAAGGAAAACACACAGCCACGCAGUGGAAAAGGCUAAGAAAAAGCUCCCCUCUUCUUCCUUAUUAUGGAAGCAUCCUCUAAAAGAUACGCUAGAAAGAAAACAAACAAACAAUCUCAGACGAAAGAAGAGAGAAGCCUCUUUGAUCCUAGCUCUGCAAUCUGGAGUAUGUUAGCACAGUGUUUUGCAGGGUCGGGCUCCUAAAUGGCCAACACUCAUAAAAUCCAGAACCACAUGGGGCAAAUUCAUCCCUGGUGUAAGCAGAUGUAAUUGCAAUGAAGUCAAAGGAGGUACACAAAGGGUGGAUUUAGCCACAUGCGUGCAAGAUACAGCUGCCUUCCCCGUAGUACCUAAGUUCCCACUGCUAGAUUUUAUUGCUGUCGAAACGGUUGGUCUUUUGGCUGUGUUAAUCGCAUAAUACCCCUUGAAUGUUGUUCAAGGUAGGCAAAACAUUUUCCCACUGAAUAAAUCAGUUCUGGAUGCACCUUGGUGUGACACUUUUUGCCUACCAGCUUUCAGCUGUUACCCACUCUAAGCCGUGAACUGAUACGAUCUAACUCUGGUUGAAGAGCCUGCCUUUGCCAGAAAAAUGGACUUGACUAUUAAGCAUAGUAAAACUUUUGCGUAUUGAACUACUAUGAUCCAGAAAUGGCCCUUGCACUUUCAAGGCAUAUGGAAACAUCCUCUCUGUCUUUCAAAAUGGCAACAGUUCUUUUGCGAGUAAAACACCACCGUGCGCACACGCGUGCGCACACCCGCACGCGGUCCCUGGCUCAUUGCCCCAAAUUCUCCCCGGAUCUUUCUGUGCCCGGCAGUGUCCCGUCUCCAUAGUGCCUGGUCAUUUGAGUGCAGCGGGGCAGAGACUUGUGUUGAGAUAAAUGCAAAGAGCAUACAUUUUAAAAGGCAGAUGAUUUUCCUGUUAUGCCAGCAUCUUUGAAUCCCCAUAUCAGCUGAUGGUUUUUCCUAGCCUGACGGCUUUCAAUCAGUUGUUGAAACAUUGGCUUUCUCUGUUUUGUUUUCUAAGGAGGGAAUGUGGGGUGGGGAGAAUAAUGAGGUGUUGUUUGUAACUUCACAGUCCUGAUAGUUGGUUUUUAUCUUCCAUAUUUUAUGCAAAAACAGACAUUAUAAGUCAAUAAAUAAUUGUGCCCUAGGUUGAAAGUUAAGUGUUCAGGAAAGGAAAAAAAAAUGGUUGGCAUUUUUCUACAUUUUUGUGAAGACUCUUUUGGAAAGGAAGGGUACAUAUUUUUGUUGUGUAGUAUUUUCUAUUUUUGAAUGCAUUUUCUUGGUACAAGACUGUUUUGUGGAAUUUUUUUUCUUUUUGGUGAACACAUUAUUUAAAAAAAAAAAAGAAAAGAAAGAAAAAACUAAUUGAAAAGUUUGCCCUUAAGGAUAUGCUGCAGUUUUGAGGUUUAAAAUAAAAAAAAAAACCAUUCAAGGCGCGUGUUAAAAGUUGGGGGAUUGUAUUGUUGGGAGUUUUUUUGUAAUUGUUACAAGAAGAAGUUUGUAGCCACUGCUGUUUAUUUUGUUUCAGAUGAGUAAGUAAAGGGAUUGUUCUUGUGUUAUUCUUUUUUUAAAAAAAAAAAAGUUAUUUAUGAAAUGUCACAAACACUGGACUGUGAGUUUGUGUGGAAGCAUUUUACCACCCUGUGUCUUCAUAGAGCUGUUGGUGAUCCUACUUCUCAUUACUCUGCUUUAUGAUUUCCUGAGCAAAUUGGGGGGGGGGGGGUGGGGGGGGGGGGGUGGGGCAAGAGAGAAACUAAAUGCAUUUUUGAGGCAGAGACUUGGGGGAAAAAAUGCAAAACAGUGUUUUGGAAUCCCAAAGCCGGGCCAUCAGCUCUACUUCUCCCAUCUACCACAGGAAUCAGAAAGACUUACAGUCUCUGAUGGCGGUGCGCAAGGGGCUAAGUGACUGAGAGCCGCGAUGCUCAUAAUGACCUCUGUAAAUGACAUCCCAGUUUCUCAGUCAACAGCUCCCUUUGUUUGCUGUCAUCCAGCCAGUGGCUUUUGUGACCAACUCACCAACCCAACUGAAACCAUGAGGAUGUUUUGCGUUUUCAGUCGCUAAUCAAGCCUUUUUGGCACCCCAGCAGUGGGAGUGAGCAGCAGGGAGCACUACUCAGUUUGAUCAGUGGUUCUGGAUUUGAGGAGAAGUAGAGCCUGAGGGCGACCAAACAGGUGUGCCGUGUUCUCGUUUUUUUGAAGAACAGGCUUAGAAAGACUAAAGCAGUGCUCCAGGCACGCAUGGGACUGGAGAAAAGGGAAGGAGGAAGACACCAACAGCCAUAACAAAAACUGGAGAUAUGUAACUGGGCUACAUUUGAGACCAACCAGACUCUUCCUUCCUGGACAAUAAUGCAGCCAAAUCUUGAGACUGUCAAGCAGACAGAAAGCUGAAUGUGGCCUUCAUUUCUCCUGCCUUUCCGUUUUAUUCUCCCUCUUCCUUUGCCCUGAGAUUUCUUCUCAGUGAGCACCGGCUCCACUGAGCACUUUUUUGCCCUCCACCUAAACUGCCCUUGCUUUCAAAAUGUGGGUUCAGUCAGGACUGAGUAAAAUCAUGUGCCUUCUUUUUCCCCUUUUGUAAUUAUACCAGCCUCCUCCCCUUCCCCUACUUACACAUGUGAGAGACGCAGGAGGAGGCUCUUUAGAAGUGCUACUUGUCUAUAGGUGUCCAGCAAAACAGUAAGGUGGUGGUGAGGGGAGGGGGAGCGGAGAGAUGCUAUUAGCUCCUUUCCCUUUCCACACGUAGCAGGUCUUCCCAAGGAGACACCCUCCACCACCACCUCCUCAGAUGCUCCUCUCUCCUACAGAGCAGUCACAGUGGGCAUGGGGUGGCUCUUCUCUCCCAUUCCUGUCCUAGCUGAGUGAAGCACUCACUCAAUUUCAAUUCAUGCCGUUUGCAAGCAGUUACAUUGACAAGACAAAUGCAGUUUGUGGCCUUAUCAAGAUGACUUCUAAACCACUAAAAGAGAAAAAGGCAACUCAUUUCCCACCCAAGGUUUGUGUCACUUCUAAAAACCCAGUCCAUAGCAGUUUAGACUCCUUUAAUCUCAGUCCAUUUUAAUGAUGGUGGCUAAACUGACCAGCCUAGAGCUUAAAUGCUAGACCAUCUGGUCUCAUGCUUUCUUUGCUAUAACCCCUACUGUCUGCUUGCUUUUCCUACUUUCUACUAUAUUCUUUGCUUUACGAGGCAGCCCUAGCCUUUGGUGAAGGGUGAGAGGAGCCACUGGGAUCCUGGCUCAGGGAAGGUAGUUGAUGGAUUGUUUUCAGCAUUUUAGCAGGAGAAGGAUAUACAGCUGCCACAGCAAAUGCAUAUUAUGAUGGGCCGACUGCAGUAUUUUUAGGGCCAAUAAACCCCACCCAGUUACUGGAACGUGGCUUGUUCCCAGGUCGAAACCGUGGAGAGAAAAGAGCGCAUUGGCAUAACGGAAAAGGGGCUUGCAAUCCACAGCAGCUGCCACCUGCCUUCCCUGCAGACUUGCCCACUGCACGGUCAGUGUCCCUGACUCCAUGGAGGAGCCAGCUGCGCUGUAGAGGCUUUUCUGAUUUUAAGAAUCAGUGCAAAGCAGCCCGAGUAGUGUCCAUCUGGCAGGCAAGCGUGCGGGUGGGCACCCACCCGUGCUGUUCCCCUGCGCAGCAGGAAACUCCACGCAGGCUUUCCAGGAGCUUGCCCUUUCAGACAUCCACCUGCAAAACCUGUAGCACCUGGGCGAUGGGAAUGAGAAAUCCCUUGAUCACUUCCAGAAGUGAUCCAGUAAAUGAAAAUGUUGUGGACGGGGGACUGGAAAUUUAUUCUUUAGGCUGGGCUCUAGAGCCAGGGAGGAGCAGCAGGGGAAUGGUGUAGUUAUUCCCCCCUCCCAAUUAACAGUCUGCAUGUGUGCACAUAUAUACAAGAGAAAGGGUGUAUUCUUACCCAUCUUUGGUGCUGAUGGAUUUAAGACAUUUGUCCGAGGCCUACUUUUGACACACUUUGAGAACAUAAGAAUAAAGUCUAUCACAUGCAAUAUUUCCCUAAAAAAAGGGAGGGAGGGGGAGGAGAGCAGUGCGGGCGGUCGGGAUUGUUAGGGUUGGAUUAUUUUGCAUCUUUUGUAAAACUGUAAUUUCAACAGUGCCUUAUUCCUAAUAGAUGCUGGCACUUGGGACACACACACGAUGAAAGACAGAACUAGGGAGAGUCAGAUGCGUACAUCCAUAAGACAGAGGUCAUUAAUCAUCGUAAAGGAAGCUGCAUUGGGAAUGACACAGCUAUGUCGGAAUUGAAAACAGUUCAAAUAUUCAACCUCUAAAGCAAUUUCCCUUCCACCACCUCCUGCCUUCCCUCCUUGCCAAUGGUGCUGCCCAAGAAUAGCUGCCUACACCGAGGCCUGUCACUGCCCCAUUUGCUUUUGGCGUUGUCAAGUCCAAGGAGUUUAGCAUAGUCAAGCUUUCCACUGCUAUCGUGUUUUCCAUGGGGUAUGUGAAUGCCAGUUAUUUUGCUUUAAAUGCACUUUAAAAAAAAAAAAAAAAAAAUCAAAUCAAAGCUCCAGACUGUUUCAAAGGGGAAGAUAGUGCAUAUGUGUUUGAACCCAGUUCACUUUAUCUCCAGUUAAAAUGUACUCCAUGCAGUGUGUAUGUAUAGAACAAUGUGUAUGCAUACAAACACACAGGUCAACCUUAAAUAUCAGCAGACUAACCUUUCUUCUUAAGCUCAUGAAACCAGAUGCUACACAAACACAGCAGCAGCAGAGGAAUUACGGUUGGGCUCUUGAAACAGAUCACAAAAAAUAAAAACAACUACUUGGUCCUUUCUGUAUGUUCAAUAAUUACAGAAGGAAUUGGGUUGUAACCAGAAUAAAAAGGAACGGUGCUAACUGAACGAAUGGGCAAAAAAAAAAAAAGUCAAAAACAAAAACUCAGCCCAAUAAUGCAGUUUGACUUCUACGCUAAUUCUCACAUUGGGUUGGUUUGUUACUUUUUUUUUUAUUUUAUAUGAAAAAAAUUUGCAUCUGAACUGAUCCACCACAACAACAAAAAAAAAAGAAGCAAACAAACAAAAACGCAUCCUGCCCUGAGGAAGCUCUCGUUUAUGGAGGAUGUCAGAAGUCUCAAAACUCUCGGCCUUGCUCUCACGUACCACAUGCUCAAUCAGUCCUUUUUUUAGAAUGUCUGAAACUGAAAAAAAAAAAAAAAAAAAAAAAAAAAAGAAAAAAAAAAAAAAAACCUUUUCGAAGCACCUUACGUGGCUUCCCAUUCCAGGAGUGGGAGCUGCCUUUUUUUCUUUGAGCACCUUACUGAUGUGUUAAUGCUAUCUGCUGUCUUUUUGUUACCCGUGGGCCGAGUGGCUGGCUGUUAGCACGUACAGGCGAGCGUGCGGGGGGGGCGAGGGUAUGGCUGGGCGCGCGCUGCUGCGCUCCACGCGCGCGCGUGUGCACGCCGGCCUUUCCACCACACGCGGCCCCGCGGCGGAGGGGGGGCAUCCAUCCACGGUCCCGUUCCUCGCGGCGCUGGCUCGAACCCAGAGGGAGAUUUCUUGGUCGGUCUUUGCUCUGUUGCAUGGAGGGGAGGGAGGGGGAGCUCAAUGGUGGAGGGGAGAGCACGCACUUGUGUGCGCGGAUGUUUAAAAAAAAAAAAAAAAAAAAAAAAGGGACAUUUUCUUCUUGGGGACAAAGAAAUUCCCAACAGUCAUUUGAUGCUGAGUGAAUGGGAAACUGCACCCAGGCCUAAAUCCUGGGGUCUUUAUGCAGGCAACCGCCGCUGCCCACCUCGGGAGGCCGUCUUGCCGGCGUAGAGACUUCAGGACUUGGCCCCGGCGUGGCGGAGAUGGUCGGCAGGAGACGGGUCUCUGCCGGUACCGAUGUGUAUUGCCGUGGUCGUAUGUGUCGUUAGACGCCCACCCGUCCGCACACCCACGCGCGCACGCUGCCGCCUGCACACGCGCACCCCCCCACACACGCGCCGCCCCCCCACCGCUGUACAGGCAUCUCUCGAGAAACAUGGUUUGUGACGAUGUGAAGAGCAGGUCAAAAGUUUUGAGGGGUUAAGUUCCUUUUUUUUCUCUCAUUAUACUCUGUAAAUGGUAUGUCAGUUAUCAAAAACAAGCAAAUAGAAAAUUGUUAAAAAAAAAAAAAUACCUUGCAUACGCCUUUUCUAUCAA